GCACUCUGGAUGAAACCCUUUGGAAUAGAUCUGAUUGCGCAGAAGCUAGCAUCCAUAUUCCUCGGUGAGGAUGUACACCGAGACCUGUGGCAUAAAAACCAUCUAAAGCAGGCAGGAUGAAGCAUGAGAGCGAAAGCCUCUUAUUUUCUUGGGAUAUUAUAUGGCAGUCGAAAUUGCUCCGCAGAAAGUUUUAUGGUGUGUUACGAGCGCUGUCUUAGGCUGCGAUGGUAAAUUGCUGGUGAAGUGGACACACUAUAGGGGACAGCUCCUGCUUCAGACCCCAAUGCACCGCGGGUUCGCAUAUGAGUACAAAGGUUUUGGUGUCCAGCUCUGCUAUUUUGGAGCUGUUUUCGUGUUCGCCUUUCUCCAAGUCGAACCGGCUGACCCCACGCGACUUGUGCUUGUGACUUGCGACUUGUUCUUGCCUUUUUCGUAUCCGAUUUUGGCUCACGGCCAGGCACACAGCGAUUGGGGUUCGCUUCAAUGGGAUUGUCAUCCCGGAGGUUGGCAAGGCAGAGUGUGUUACUACUGAGCCUGAGGAUCUCGAUAACGGGCUCGGUUAUCUGCUCGGUGCCAUCGUCAAAAAGCUUUCAAGGGUGGCGACCAGAACAAGGAAGCCGGACCCGGAGAUCUGGGUGCGAUGAAUAGUAACGGCGAUCAGAAAAUCGGAAUCUGAAACAUGAAACCCC